UCACUCAUGUUCUGACCAAGCGUCUGCUAUGCAUUUGUUCAAUUGCUAAAACUGCAUAACAUCAGUACGAAAUGAUGGAAAAUUGGUCGUGAAAUUAUUCGUAACUGACGUUAGAUGAGCAGGUCAUUAUAACUGCGGUUCCGAGGUCACGUAUCCGUUAUGCUGUACUUUGUCCUUGUACCACGUGGUUCCUGUUUUUCACGUACGCUUCACAUGAUUGAACGUGAUCCACCUAACGUGAGCAUGCGUAGAGCAUUGUUGUUAUGACAACAACGGCCCGGGGAUCUCAGAAUAACAAGGAUAAUGGCGGACAUACACACGAUUUCUGUGGUCGGUCUCCUUAAAGAUGCCGAAUUUCACAUGAUUAAAGGAGCUGCAGAGCAACUUAGCCAGAGGGAACCCGAUGUUUUCACCGAGCCUUACGUCCUGGGUUUGUUGGAGUGUGAUUGGGAUACGUUCAUUCGAGAUAAGAAGAAGGAAAUGAGAAAAGAAGUUUGGGGCUUUCAAGAAAAUGUCAUUGUGUUUUUCGAUGAAGAGUUGAUUGGAGGACCUGACGAUUUUAUAAAAUGGGCCUUGGAUACCCAUGGAUAUAGAGAGUUCAGGCCUCUUCCUUUAUGGCAUGCCAUGGCUAAAGAAGCAUACAAGGACCAUCUACUUGCCACCAAGCAUCAGUUUGUUUACUUGGACAUAGCAGUGGGCCACCAAAAGAUUGGACGACUGUUGAUUGAGUUGUUCUCUGAAAGACUACCUAGGACAUGCGACAAUUUUCGCGAGUUGUGUGUAGGAAGUCAGACGGAAUCAGUGCGGCAUGAUCCUCCUCUGAAGCUGUGGUACAAGAACUCAAUAUUACACAGAAUAGUUCCUAAUGGCUGGAUACAAGGCGGAGAUAUAGAAGGAGGAAAAGGAACCGGAGGAGAGUCAAUAUAUGGGCCUCUUUUUGAAGAUGAGGACUUUUCCAUACCGCAUGGAAAGAGAGGUAUUGUGGGUAUGGCCAACAGGGGCCGGCAUACAAAUGGAUCUCAGUUCUUUAUCACGUUACAGCCCGCUCCUUGGAUGGACACGAAAUAUGUUGCUUUCGGACAAGUAAUUGAGGGUACAAGAGUUCUUGACGAACUGGAAAAACAAGAGACGUUCAACGAACGGCCCAAGUCCACCUGUGUAAUUGUGGAUUGUGGAAUAUUCGAUGUGGAACGCCUUUGGGACACCUCUAGAUAGAUAAUUUACUUUGAAAUCAAAGCAAUCCUUAAUUCACUCUGAAUCACUUACAGCUGCUAGAAAAAGGCAGCUGCACAGAUUACUUAGCUACAUUAGUUCAGAGGUUGUUAGUGCAACAAAAUUUCCAACAGAGUCAUUAUUUUGAAAGCAAAGGAACACGUGUUAUUUAAUUUUCAUGAAAUUCGAGCCUAGCACCUUAUGGAAACCUUAAUGUGCAAUUUGGAAUGUUAAUGACUUGCACUGAAUCUUUUCCUAUUUUUCUGUUGCGUGUUUAUAGGGAUUACUGUAGGCAAAAUUACUCAAUGAGAAGUCGACUGAAAACAACGUAGUCAACAGGUUAUUACACAUCAUGCGACAACAAUCGAUUCUAAUUAUUUGUGUACUUGAUAUACAUUUUUGAAGUGAAAUUGUGAGUUAUUUAAAGGGAACCGCGCGUACAUAUAGUUUGCCAAAGGCGAGUAUGAAAAAAGGAAAAUGUAAUUUUUUUACGAAACUGUAACUUUUAUUAUAAUUCAUCUUCCUGUACUUUUUCACGGUCAUUUCAAGAGGUUUCAAUUGCAGAGAGGAAUGAAAGAUGUCUUUCUUACUUGUAUUGUAUUAUAGUAACCCAACUAUAUGAUUUUAACUGAUGCAGAAUUAUGUUUUGAAAGAUUACGAAUAAAGAUCACUCUUGGACAGAAA